CUCGCCUCGCUCACUCUAAGCUUCUUUCCCCCGAGCACUUCAGGCUGUGACUGAACCGUCCAGAACCAUAGGAAUUGAGACCCGGAUAGCAACCCCGAGCUGGUUCAUCUUGGGCGCCCCAGCACUCUCUUCUCUUCGGAGCCAAGGCGCAGUGGAGCAAGCCUCAGCCUUGAAUCGAAAAGGAAGCCAUGGCAUCUAAAGGAGACAAGAAGUUACAUCGGCCUACUUGGAAUGAUGAGCAGAAUAUGCCAAUGUCUAAGACGGUAAAACAGGAGCAUCCUCUUCCCCAGCCACCUGGAAAGGAGUGCCCUGAAAACAACACCUCGAUGCCAAGUGAGGUGUGUAAAUGUAUUGAGCAGGAUCCCACAGAUGACAAAGAAGUUGGACUUACCAUUAUUAUGCACGAAAAGUACAAGAAAUCAGAAGACACUUAUACGAUAUAUGGGAAACCUAAUAAUAGCGUGUAUACCACUCUGAUAAAGAGUGAGGAUGUCCAGAAUGAGCUGAAGAAACGACCAAAGGAGGAGAUGGAAGCAUGCAUAGUUGACUUUCCCAAGAUACAUGUGAAUUUAGGGAUGCCCCUGAAGUGUCUGCCAGAAGUUCCCCAACUUUAUAUUACUUUUAUCAAAAGUAAAAAAUGUCAGAACGAUGAACCGCCAUACAGUGAGAGUAUUAACCAAAAAUGUUUCACAUUUUACAUUUCUAAGGAGGGGAAAGGGGGAAAAAAAAUUGUUAAACCCAAAUAUAGUACCCAAAAAUAUGACUAUCUUUUGGUCUAUGGCAUUAAAGGAGAAACUGUACAUGAUGCCCUGUUCAAAGAUGGCAGAUUUCUUUCCUGGGUGACAGAAAAUGACUGGAUGCUAGCCAUAAAGAAGUCCAAAUAUGGGAAAAAUACCAUAGUUGAUAAUGUACUAGGAAAAGAAUUUGAGGUGAUUGUUAAAAAGAAGAAAAAAGAAACACCUCAAAAGGGACAGGAACAGAAGAAUAAGAAGAUGACCUUGCAACAAAACUCCAAUUCAACGGAACAGAUGGAUUCUCUUGGUACCACCCAGGAAGGUACACAGUCAACUAGUGUUGAUGGCAAGUCUUUGAAGCCAGAGAUGGCAAAGGGAGCCAGCAAACCAAUUUCUUCAGGAACUAAGCCAAAGAAAAGCAAGUUCUAUACUAUCGAAGAGCACAUCUUAAAAAUAUAUAACAUUUUCACAGAGGAAAAUAACUUGAUCAGAAAUUUCUUUGAAAUGGAGCUAGAAAAUGCUGGGAAAUGUGGCAAUAAGCUCUUUAAUCUACAUCUGGAAAAAUUUGGCAAAGUAACUGAGGAUGCCAUGACAACCAAAAGCUUUAAGAUGCUUGCUACUCUAGUUGACUCCGUUGGGUAUAUACAUUUGAGCAGGAAUGGAAAAUCUAUCACUGGUACUUGCUUUGUCUUCUGGGAUAGGUACAUUCUUACUUGUCGACAUGUACUAAGUCAAAUAAUUGGUGAAGAGGAAGAACAAAAAUGGGCCCAGAUCAUUAGUAAAAUUUCAUUUGUGACUUUCACUGAUGAAAACCCUAAAGAUUCCUCCCAAAAAAUUGGCAUUGAGCCCUGGUUUGAAGUUUCAAGUAUAAAUCUUGAUUAUGCAGUCUUAAAACUUAAGGAAAAUGAAAUUCCUAAGGGUUUAUUUAAGCAGAAAGAGAACACUGAAUUACCCACGGAUGGCACUGUUUUUAUUAUUGGACACCCAGAAGGAGAGGUGAAGAAAAUUGACAUCUGUACUGUGAUCUCUCUAGCAGAUCGGGAAAAGAACUGUCUGGAAGUUCUCCAGAAUAGGCAGGAGCCAGAAUGCAAUCUUACAAACUGCCCUGACAAAGAUUACAAAUGCAUCCACAUGUUCUCCAUGAAAGGUUUAAAUGAGAACAAUCUGGACUGUGAGGAUCGCUUGACCUAUGACACCAGUUUUUUCUGUGGAUCUUCUGGCUCCCCAGUACUCGAUGUAUCUGGGCGACUGCUUGCCAUGCAUGCUGCUGGCUUCGGAUACAACUAUCAGGGUCAGAAACAGAGUGUCAUUGAGUUUGGCUUUUCUAUCAAUUCCAUUCACAAUGAUAUGAAGAAGAAUCAUGAAAGUUGGUAUAAUUUACUAUUUCCAUACCAACAGGAUGUAGAAAUGGUGAAUGCAGAUGUCACCACCACAUCUCCUCUACAAGGAAGAUGCCUCUGGGGCUUUACUGCAAUCUGGGGGAGAGGUCAGUGGUUUUCCAAGACUGAAACCAGGGACGACUCUCUGACCUGGUGCUGAUUACAGCUCUUCCAGGCCUGCCCAUCCUCAUGCCCACACAUUUUCUCAUAAGUUCUGCACAGAGAAUUAGUAACUGACAUUUACAUAGUGCCUUAAGUAUCACAAAACCCCUUACAAAUAUGAUUUCAUCCACGCCUCACAACCCUGUGAUGUGGAUAUCUAAAAACUGAGGCUGGAAGAGGAAGUAUAUUCGCCCAAGAUUGGUGUGCAAACCCAAGUUUUCCUGAUUUUAAGUCAAUCCCUUUCCCCCACCUCAUGCUGCUUCUCCAGUUCUGAGGCGGCAAGUGAUGAAGAUGAGAGAUGGUCAUCCUACAGGCUACUCUGUCACCCUGGUGAUGUCAAAAGCUGAUGAAAGCAGACAGCCCAUUGGAUGGACUUGCUAUGGGGUCCAUAGGCUAAUGGAGGCCAGAUAUGGGAGGAAUGAGGAGAUGUAGCUGCCUUAUGGUCUACACCACUGGAGGGAAGUGCCUCAUUAUCCAGUUCACAGACAUCCUGAAGGCCUAAAUUGCUGAAAUAUCUCUAGUAUCUCUGGGAUACCCUUGUACCAUGUGGGCUUUCUCUUGUCCUGUGUUUUUACCCAGUUCAACUACUUUUCCUGUCAUGUGUAUCAUCAAUAACAUCUUCUUCACCACUCCUAGCCUGGAAGUCAUCUUU